AUGUUGGCGAGGGCUUUUGGGAGAUUUACUCCUGAAGGCCGGUCCCUGAUCGCUGACAUCUGGCAUGCAUGGCCAGGGGACGCAGUCGGCGCGAAGCGCUUUGCUGAUGGCUUUAUCUGGCUUGGAGAGCAGAGACGCCACAUCAGCGAAUUCAAUGUAGCUACUAGCUACGAACUCAUCUACUUUGACAUUGCAUCCGAGAGUUUCAAUUUUGGACCACUGCACUCCUACAUCUUCGGAGGAUGGGCGGAACUGCCUUGCAUCACAGUGACAGUGAGGAAUCAUGUCUUCGGCAAGUUGUAUGAGGUACUUCAUGCCGUGAGUGACAGCUUGCUUGAGCCUCAUGCAAUGGAAGGAGCGCCUUUGGAAGAGUGGGAGCCCGACUCCUUUCUCGAAGCGUACGUCGUGUUACCACUGGCAUUUCUGAAGUCAGUAGCGCUAGAUGUGAGAAUGCCGAGACGUGCCUAUCUGGAGAAAGUUGUGAGUCGCAUGGAAGCAUGUGGACCGGCGUUUGGGUAUCACCGAGCAUGUAGCAUUUUGCUGGAUGGCAUGUUGAACCCCAUUGCAGAGGAAGAGUUGCAGUGGGAGAUGGACAAUGGCCUGUUUGAGCUGCCAAUGAAGCAAGCAACAAAAGUGAUGAAGACCAAGCACGUAUAUGAGCGUCUGAUGGCGCAACGUGUUGUUGACUUUGAGGCAGGCAGGAGCACAAGGGUGGAAGAACUCAGCCUGUCAUUGUAUGGUGACGUGAGGCAUGGCAGAGCAGAUUACGGCUUCGAUGUGCUACAAGACCACUUCAAUCGGCUAGUGCCUGUUCAGAACAGGGUGGCCUUUGACCUGGAGGAGAGGCGAUUCACAGAAGAAGCCUACCUGCGCCUUGAGUAUUCUGAGAUCAAGCGCCUGAUGAUCGGAGCGGUGGCAGCAGCUAAGCAUGACGAUUUCGUCGUCUUGAGUGAGCUGGAUGGUGUUGCCCAAGAUUAUGUUGCUCAAGGGAGGACGAAGACAGAGAGGCCGCAGCUAAGUGAACUGCUCAGUGAGGAGAACCCGUUAGCAGACAAGAAGGCUGAAGAUUUCGUCAAGAAAGCAGUAGCUGCAGAUGAUGCCGAUAUCAGGCCCAAUCGCAGAGCUGCCAUGGAGAUCUUCGGUCUAGUGGGUCCGGCUAUGAUGGCUCUCGCGUUGGGUACGCAGCUGGGUGCCUUGAUUAUAGAGGGUGGCAAAAACAGAGAGCUCUUGCCAGUUGAUGCUUUCUAUGAUGCCGUCCAGGGUGCCGCGCAUUAUCCUGUGUUGGGCACAUGGUUCAAGGAUCCUCACCUUGCUGCGGGCUACGUGGGAUCAGCAGCUUUCACGGACAUGGCAAGGAGAAUCAACAUGUUCCGCAAAACCUGGUUGGAUACUGGUAGGCGUGUUUUCUCUGCUGCCGGUGACCACACAGACUACAAUGACUACAACGCUACACAGUCUGGUUCUAUAUCGGACAACUUCCACCAGGCGAUGAACGAUGCAGAAGAGGAACUUGGCAUAGGCAACUCUGACUUUGUGAGCGAUUGGCCAUUUUCAGAAGAGGUCAAGACCAGGCGCGAAGUGCGCAAGAGGUACUUCAUGUUGAUGAAGCACAUGUCAAAGCAUAAGGUACUGCACCUGACGGGUGACGAAGCAGCUGAGUUCAAGGAGCAAAUGGCUUUGCGAAAAGAUGAGCUCAUAGCCAAGGCUCUUGAAUUUGUGUUCCAAAUCACGCCUCUUGAGUACUGGAUGAAGGGCGACGAUAGCUCAGCACAUUUCACCGAGCCAGAAGCGCUUCCUAAGAGCAUUUGCUGUGAUGAUGCCAUCAAUUGCUACGACUGCGUACCUGGAGAGGCGCAGAAAGCAUUAUCCUCAGUAAAGGCUGAAAGUGAAACGCCUGGCAUCAAGGAGACAGGAGCGGACUGGGGCCUUGAGAUCUCAGGAGCCAACUUGCAGUCAGUGGAACCCUUCGAAGUACGCAAAGAGAGGAGAAGAGAGGCCGACAAGUCAGUGCAGAAGGGAGCGUUCGUGGCAACGAAAAAAGGAGACCCGUUUGUCAGAAUGCCAGCAAUGCUUCUGGUGCUUGUUAGCGAGCACGUUCAGCAGCUAAGUGAGGUGAUCUCAGGGCUGCGACAGAAGCCAAUGUUUGGCGUUGAUCCGCUCAAAGCACUGCUCGGAGCUGUGCGCGCGAGCGGUCUGCCUGACACAGAGCAUCUGCUCGAAGCUGGUAAAGCGUUCAAGAAAGCAGGACGUCUGGUCGGCUCAUCUCCGUUCAGGGUGCUUAUCAUAGCCGCAGAAAUGUUGGGUUCCAAGGUGGCUGGGCAAGCAGAGGAGGCGGCGAGUGUCUUGGAAGACAGCACAUGUAUGAAGCUGAUCCAGCAAGGCGUUGCCUUCGAUGAACUGCCGAUGCCCGGGUUCCCUGAGGAGAUCUUGGCCAUGAUGCAAGAAGCGGCCAGAGCAGCAGUGUUUGCCGUUGCAGUCGAUGAGGACGUCAGCAGUGAGCAGCAAGCGCAUGGGGUAUAG